UCCUGACAUUUUCUAUCUGCGUGGGAAUCCACGCUAUCCUCGGGAGUGAUUUAAAGACAGAGGGCAGCAGAGCUCCUAAACCCGACUGCUCGGGAUGUGUUCGGCACUGAGGAGUUUCUGAUACUCUCCAGCCGUCUGAGGGGGAUUUGCAUGGCUUUAGAACUCACGCAGUAAGACUUUCUGCGCUUCUUCAAUCGCUGGGCAGUAGCGCGUCAAGGAAAGUUAGUGGCACUUUGCGCGCAUAGCGAGUUUUUGGAUUGUUAUUCCAAUGGUUGACAAGUCGUUGGAUGAGGAGGUGAGCAUGCUGUAAUACAUGAAGAUGCGGCAGAGGUCGUGGCCCUUUAAAUGGUUGGGAAUAGGCAUUGGCGUUCUUCUGCUCACAGCUGCAAGCUAUUCUCAAGAUUCAGAAGACUGGCAGUAUGAGGAGUGCAAGCUCUCCAGAACAGGCCCUCCUGCAACCAUUGUAGCCAUAGAUGAGGAGAGUCCUAAUGGAACCCUUCUGGUGGAGAACAUGCAUAUAAACGGGAGAGCAGAAGACCCUGGCAGGACCAUCUCUUUAUCUCUACGGGACAACUACGACUACUGGGUCAUUCUGGACCCGGUCAAGCAAUGCCUGUAUCUCAACAGCACCGGACGAGUUCUGGACCGAGAUCCUCCCUCCUACAUUCAGUCCAUUGUGGUGCAGGUUCAGUGUACUAAUGAGCUUGUUGGCACGGUGAUCCUACACGAGGUGCGGAUAGUGGUACGGGAUCGAAAUGACAACACCCCACGCUUUCAGCAGCCACGCUACUAUGUAGCGAUUAAUGAGCUAACGCCUGUCGGAACCACCAUCUUCUCAGGUUUUACAGGGAACAAUGGGGCUGUUGACAUUGAUGAUGGUCCUAAUGGACAAAUUGAAUACACCAUUCAGUACAACCCUAAAGAUCCGACCACAAACAGGACAUUCGACAUCCCUCUCACCCUGUCUGGAUCAGUGGUUCUAAGAGAGAGGCUGAAUUAUGAAGAGAUCACACGCUACCUGGUCAUCAUUCGGGCCAAUGACCGAGCUCCGAACCCAAAGGACCGGCUCACCGCCACCACCACGCUCACAGUGGAUGUGUUGGAUGGGGAUGACCUGGGCCCAAUGUUUCUGCCUUGCAGCCUGGUAGACAACACCCGUGACUGCAAACCUCUUACAUACCGUGCCAGCAUCCUGGAGCUUACAGAUCCGAGCCGCAUAAAUCCUGUCAACGUGACUCCUCCCAUUCAAGCUGUGGAUCAAGACCGAAACAUCCAACCUCCAUCAGAACGCCCAGGAAUCCUGUACUCGAUUCUCAUCGGGAAACCUGUGUCAUAUGCAGUGUAUUUCUCCUUGAAUCAGACCACAGCUGAGCUCCAGCUCCUGAAGCCCAUCAACAGGGAACAGUACCAGCAUUUCAACUUGGUAAUCAAGGCAGAGCAGGAUAACGGACACCCUCUUCCGGCGUUCGCUAAUCUCCACAUUGAGGUGCUUGACGAGAACAAUCAAGCGCCGUACUUCCAGGUGGCCACUUAUCAUGGAUUCAUCUCGGAGGCUGCUCCGCUGGGCACAACUAUCUCGAGCAGUGCAAAUCUCUCCACCCCCCUCACCAUUAUCGCCCUGGAUAAUGACAUUGAGGAGACGAAAGAUCCCAUGGUGCACAUCUCUCUGGACAACUACAACAGCAUCUUUGCAGUGACGCCCAGUGGGAUCGCACGCUACCUGACACUACUGAGGCCCGUGGACCAUGAAGAACAGCCGAGUUAUGCCUUCAUGAUGACUGCCUCAGAUGGAGUUCAGGAGAGCUUUCCAGUCACUGUCAAUAUCACUGUGAUUGACGCCAAUGACAACACGCCUGCCUUCCCCAACGUCUCCUAUAGUGUGAAUGUUUAUACAGACAUGCAGCCUGGAGACACAGUCUUACAGCUGACAGCAGUGGAUGCUGAUGAGGGUCCCAAUGGGUUGGUGAGCUACAAAAUCUUGGCGGGGGAUCAGGGACAUUUCACCAUCAAUGACUACACAGGAAUAAUCACUGUGCUGCCCAGUGUAAACCUGACCGUGGGCCGCUCCUAUGCCCUCACCGUUAGGGCCUCUGACAACGGCCCUGCAUCCCAGAGAAGAAGUUCCAUCACUACGGUGUAUAUCGAAGUGCUGCCCCCCAACAAUCAGAGUCCUCCCCGUUUCCCUCAGCUCAUAUACAGCCUGGAGGUCAGUGAGGCCAUGAGGACUGGAGCCACACUGCUUAAUAUACAGGCAACCGACCGUGAAAGAGAUCCCAUUACAUAUACCAUCCUCAGAGGAGAUCCAAGCCACGUCUUUGAAGUCUCCCAAACGUCUGGCAUGUUGUUGUUGGCGAAGACGCUGGACAGAGAGAUCACAGAUCACUACAUGCUAACGAUCACGGCCUCCGAUGGUAAACCAGAUGGGACCUCGACUGCUACAGUGAAUAUAGUGGUGACUGAUGUCAAUGAUAACGACCCUGAGUUCGAUCCUCUGCUCCCCCUUAAUCUCACAGUUCAAGAGGGAGAGGUGAAUGCUUUUGUGGGUCAAGUAAAGGCUACUGAUCUGGACCUGGGCGUUAACGGACAGGUCCGAUACCAACUGGUCAGUCACAGAGAUCUCUUCAGGAUCAGCACUAAUGGCAGCAUCUUCACAGCUGUGCCUCUGGACCGUGAGGAAAGGGCUCAGUAUGAUUUGGUCGUGCAGGCUUCAGAUGGGGCCAAGGACCCUCGCCGGACCACUGUCACACUCUCCAUUAAAGUGUUGGACGUGGAUGACAACAGCCCAGCCUUCUCACAGCCUGCAUAUCAUGUCACACUGCCAGAAAACAGCCCAGUGGGCAUGAUCAUCCUCAAUAUCAGUGCACUGGACCCUGAUCUGGAUGCCAAUGUCACGUACCGUAUCAGGACCGAUGAGGCCAGAGAGCUGUUUGCAGUGAACUUUCUUACUGGAGAGCUGAAGGUGCUUCACUCACUUGAUUUCGAGAAACUCUUACCGAAUGGGACAACAUGGACCUUCGUGGUGGAGGCUGUGGAUGGAGGAAGCGGCAAAAUGCCACCGGGGUUGGCCUCUGUUACUGUCACUGUAUUGGACAUGAACGACUUCCCACCAGUGUUCACGCAAAUGCUGUACCAGGGAAUGGUGGCACCCAACGCAAUCAAAGGGACCAUAGUGACCACCGUACAUGCUGAGGACCUGGACCCACUGAGUACAGCGGCUAGUCGAGUUCACUAUAAAGUGGAUUUGGAGAAGUUUCCUUAUAGCACUAGUAUCUUCGAUGUGGACGAGACCUCGGGCAAUGUUCUCACCAAGGUCAAUCUGAAUGAGGAGCCCAACACUAAAUUCAGUUUGGCAGUUAUUGCCUACGAUGACGGGGAGCCGAUAAAGUUCAAUAAGACUCUGGUGGAGAUCACUGUCCUGCAGCCGUCCAUCAUCCCUGUGUUCACGCAGGAGGACUACAGGUUCCCUCCGGUCAGCGAAAAUGCCCCCGUGGGAACAGUGGCAGGAGUCAUCUUGGCAGCUGCCAUAAACCAGACCAUCGUCUACUCCAUCAUUGAAGGAAAUGAAGACGGUGAAUUCUUUGUGAACAACAUCACUGGAGUUAUAAGCACCGCCAAGCCACUGGACUACGAGAGCAACAGCAGUUACGUCCUCCGUGUGGAAGCUGACUCCAUGAGGGUGGUGUCGUCCAACCUACGAGCCCCAUCCAAAAGCAACACAGCAAAGGUCUUCAUUUAUGUGCAAGAUGAGAACGACCAUCCUCCUGAGUUCACUAAGCCCUUUUACCUCGGUGGGGUUGCAGAGGAUGCCAAGACCUUCACCUCUGUUUUACAGGUCCAGGCUGUGGAUAAAGACACAGGGAAUUAUAGCGCCAUGCUGUACAGGCUGAUUAUCCCCCCAACUACUGACGGCAAAGACGGCUUUGUUAUUGAGCCCUUCACAGGAGUAAUUAAGACAGCCAUCAUGUACAGAAACAUGCGGCGCUCCUACUUCAAAUUUGACGUGGUUGCUACCGACGACUACGGGGCGGGACUCAGUAGCAGUGCUCAAGUGGUGGUGUCUGUGGUUAAUCAACUGGACAUGCAGGUGGUCGUGUCCAAUGUGUCGCCCACUGUAGUUGAACAGAACAAGGAUCAGCUGAUUGGGAUUUUAGAGCGCUAUGUCCAGGACCAGAUUCCGGGAGCUAAAGUUGUCGUGGAGUCGAUCGGGCCGCGUCGUUUUGGCGAGGGUUAUGACCAGGAGGACUACUCAAAAUCUGACCUGAUGGUUUAUGCAAUUGACCCACUGACCAACAGAGCUCUCUCAAGACAGGAGCUCUUCAAGUUUUUAGAUGGGAAGUUAUUGGACAUCAAUAAGGAGUUCCAGCCCUAUCUAGGUCGUGGAGGACGCAUUCUGGAGAUCCGCACACCAGAUGUGGUGGAGAGUGUGAAGAAGGCGGUUCAGUCUGUUGGAUACACCGAAGGAGCCCUGCUGGCCCUGGCCGUCAUCAUCAUCAUGUGCUGUAUCCCAGCCAUCCUCAUCGUCAUCAUCACGUACCAACAACGGCAGGCAGAGUGUGCAAAAGCAGCAAGGAUCCAAAUGGUGCUUCCCACUGGCAAAUCCGGAGGAGCUGCCACCAACAAUCUGUAUGAAGAACUCGGCGACAGCACCAUGACUAAGAGGUGUGUUCUGAAGGAUGGCGAUCGUCAGCGUCUCAUUGGCUCAUUUGCCUCCCGUGCCAUCACUGCUCACAAGCUGUCCACCGCUAAUGGGGUCCUGCUCAACAACUUGCCUAAGUCGGAAAGCAACAUCACCUUUCUUUCAGAUGAGAAUCCUCUUACUACAACCAACCCUCUGUACCAUGAUGAUGGCACCUUUAGCAGCCCUGAGAACCAAAAUCAGAGGUAUCACCUUGGCACAUAUUCACCCAACAUGAGAGGUCUAAGAAGAUCCAUCCUGCGCUUCCCAUCUGCAGGCUCAGGUCAUGCCUGGACUUUACCCUCUAGGUUACACAAGUGGGAGAACAAUAAUGCCCUACGGAGUAGGAGGGUGGUGAUGGAUCCAGAUCAGUGGGAGCUGCAGCUGCUGAAUUCCGACCUUAAGGACAGUAAGGAGAUGAUUGAUGGGUUUGAUGGGUUUGUGGAUGAAGAUCAAGAGCCCAAAUUGACAGUAAAAGAGCAGGCACGGCAGUUUGAGCAGCAGGCCUUUCAGGAUAUGAUGCAGAAGCAAGGCCAGGACUCACGUGGGUCACUCUCUUCUGAAAUUAUUCUCUCUGUUUUUGAGACCCCGCAGUCUUCAGUCAUGGGGCAUAACAGCAGACCCCCAUCAAUAAUAAUUACCCAGAGUGAUGGAACACCUCCACCCAGUCACAAGCCAACCCCGCCAGUGCUGCGGAAGUACAGCAGAAUGACUACCUAUCCUGAUGUGGAGUCUUACGAGGUCAAUGUGGAGAUCAUCCCAGACCCACCAGAUGUACCUGCUCCACCACCCCCACCGCCUCCACCUCCGUCUAGUCCCCCACCACCUCCACCUCCCUCCAUACACAUCUAUACCAUAUUGGGAGAUGGAACCUCUCUGAGAGGCUACGGGCAGCAGGAGCAACAGCAGUUGCUUCGGCCCUCUCUCUUGAGACCAGAGGAACUCUCUAUGGAGUCUGGUAUCGACCCGGGACAGGACUAUUAUACACAGGAUUACUAUAAUUAUGACCAUGGCUAUGACUUGCCUCAGUAUGGGAGUCGUCGGAAGCUGAUCUCUCCAACAGGGGUGUAUGAUGAAUAUGGAGAAGUGAUUAUGGAAGAUGACGGCAGCUACUACUACAGCCCACACGAAUCCGAGGGAGAGUAUGGUAGAAAAAAGAGGAUCAAGCUUAUCGUAGACCGAGAAUACGAGACCAGUUCAACUGGAGAAGAAAGUGCACCUGAUUCACACAGGAACCGUCUAUCUAAUGUGAACAGCCACAGCAACAUUAAUGGGAGCAUAUACUUGGCCCAGAAUGGCUCAAUAUUCCGGACACGACGGGUCGCAUACACCAACAACAUCAAGCCCAACUCUCCAGUACGACUGGGAAAGCACUUUAAGAAACUGGACAAACUUGCUGUUACACAUGAAGAGCGAAUUCUGUUAAACAACCCCAUAAUCACAGGCGCCUCAGUAGGUGAACAGAACCUCACAACCAGGCCUUCCAGUGGGUCCCUGGCCGCCAGCAUUACAGGCCCAGAGAGUAUAGCUUCAAAAUCAAACGUGGUGAAAGGUGGGGGUGAAAGAACACAAAAUGGCAAUGAACAAGAGUCCACAUUGGACAAUCAGGAGGUGAGAGACCCUUUAGGAUCACAUAGUGACCGCACCCAGUCAGAUGAGGAGGAGCUCUGGAUGGGGCCUUGGAAUAACCUGCACAUUCCAAUGACAAAACUGUGACUUCUGACACGCAGAUACUCUUAUUGUCUUAAAGAACUUGAGGGAAAAAAUAAUAAUCUGCAGCAUAAAAUUAUAAAAUUAAAUU